AUGUCCAGGAAGAGGAGGGUCGUAGGCGAAACCACAUCGGUGACUAACUUGGAGCAUGGGUUGGAAGUGGUCAAGCAUCAAGUUGCAAACAUGGUAGAGAUCCCCCUCUUCAAGAUCCAACCCGUCAGUUUGAACCUGACCAAUAUUUCUGACUUCAUCAAUUUUUUCUUCUAA